AUGGAUAAAAUGAUAGAAGAAUAAAUAUAGGAUAAUAUAAGCAAUGACUAGAAUAUGAAAAAUUUAUGUUUUAAAGAUUACAUUUGCUAUAAAGAAGUUAUGGUUGGGACUAUCAAAAAUAUGAGAUAAUUAGAGAUAAGCAAUAAACAGUAGACUUAGAAUGUAGGAUAAGAAAAUAAAAAGGGUAGCUUAGUGCAAACACCACAUAGAGAGUUCAUUCAAACAUUCAGUUUUUAAAAUAGCAUUUAUAUAGCUUACGUUAAUGGAAAUUUAAUUAGAAUUUUGAGACAAAGAUUUGUAAAAAUAAUAAGUUAAUAAUAAUCUGACUACUAAGAAUUUUUUUACACAUUGAAUGAAAAUAUUUGUAACUAAAUAUUUUUUAUGGGAGUAGAAAAUGCUAAUCACGAUAGUUAAUUGAAUAAUAGUGUAAUUAUCAUUAUUCCCUGUGCAAACGGACAAAUAUAUGUUAAGCAAUUAAUUGAAAGAGAUGCCCUAAAGAGGGAACUCAACAUCGAGUCUCAUGGGCAAAUUAUUUACAGUAUUGGAUAAGUUUAUUCAAAUAAUUUAAAGCAAAGGAUUGAAUUAUGUGCAUGUCUUGCUAAUUAAAAAGUAUUUUGCUAUGAGAUAGAUGUAGGAUCUUUGAAUGAAAAUGAUUUGAAUUUUAUUAGACAUACAUCAGAAAUAAAACUAUUUGAUAAUUUUUUAAAUUAAUUUUACUAUCAAAAACUUAAAUAAAAUUAAGAUUAGCUAUUUACUCACAUUAUCCCUGUCUCUCGCUUCAUAUUAUUAGCAGUAAGUAAAGAUUUUAAGCUCAAAGUCAUAAAUUUCAAGCAAAAAUAAGUGAAAAUAGAAUACUCACUUCUGAAUGAUAAAGAAACAAUAUCACUACUUGACCCUUUCAAAAAUGUUAAAGUGAGUGCUCUUAUUAACAAUCCUCUCUAGCUCAGUACUUUAAAUAACUUACAAAAUGUUGUAAAUGUUCUGAUAUCAGUUUCUUUUAUUAAUAACUCCAUAGUUAAUUAUAUCUAGCUCUUUAAUUUAGAAGUUUUUCCUUAAUAAGAGCUUGGCUAAUUACCAAUAGCUCCAGACUAGUUUUUAUCAGGACUGAUAGGAAAUGACGAAAGAAUAUUAGAAUCUGGGAAUCCUUUGGGUUAAUGCACGAAUGUUAAAUUUGGAGAACUAACAGAAAUUUAUUCUUAUUAGAAUAAAUCAGAAAUAAUAGAUGUAAAUUUAAGUCCAAAAGGAAUAUAUAUAGCAUCAAUUCCUUCAAACUUAAGCUCAUCGAUUCAACUUUUGAAGUAUGAAGACAUCAUGAAUAUAUCUAACUCUUUAUCAAUAUCGACUGUGUUUUCUGCUGACUUUAACAUAAGAAAUCUUCUUCAGCAAGACCUUCUUUACUUAGAAAAUGAUGAUUCAAAUAUGGCUUUUAAAGAGUAUCCACUGAAUAGACUAUUUCGUUCUGAUAGAUUCCCUCUUAAAUUAAUACACGAAUUCUACAGUCGCUAUUAAGAAUUUAGAUUCUAAGAUAAUUACAUUGGCAAUGGUGAUAUAAAAAGAGUUAGUGAAUAACUAUUAAACUAAAAUGAAUUAAAAUUUGAAACAGCUGUAAAAAAUUCAUUAAUGAGUUUAACAAACAAUUGGUUUACAAAAUACCCAGUUUUAGCUAUUCAUACAGAUAUCAGAAACAGCGAUAUGUUACCAGUAAUAAUUAGAGAGAAUGGUUUGUUUAAUCUUGUGCCUAUGUGUUUUUAUGAAAGCUUAAACUUUAAAUUGAAUGAAUUUGUGUCUGAAUACAACAGCUCUCUCAAAAACUAGUCAACAUUCCGUGACUAUAGCUCAAAAACAGUUCCCUAAAAUAAAUAUUCAUAAGAUUUUUCAAAUACAAGCAUUUAUUUAAAAUAUUAAAAUUGGUGUGAACAACUUACACAAGAAGACUCAUCAAAUUAUCUAUCAUAGAUUUUUGAACUGCUUUCAUGGACAAAGUUAUUUUUAAUUCCUGAUAUUCAAAAUUGCCUAAACUAAUGUCCUUAUGGAAUGUCAUUCAUUUAAUGUAUACAACAAGGUAUACAAUCAGCAUCAAACACUCUUUCAUAUGAAAGUUUGUCAGACUAGUUUGAAAGUAUUCUUUGUGAUGAAUAAUAAAAAAAUAAAGUUAUUUAAUAGAUGAAAAUACUUUUAGAGGAUAUAUUGGUUGAGUUAUUCCAUGAAAACAUUGAUGGAAAUAUUCCUAUUAAUAUAAAUUAAUAACCUUUAAAAAUUAACAUAGAUUUUUGUGUUUGGAGUAAAAAUUUAAUAAGUGGAAGUAUUAGAUAUAAGAUAAGAGAGUUAGUCGAACUUUUGUUGAUAAUUCUUUCCUUUUUCAAAUAUAUAGAAUACAGAAAAGUUACAGAGGAGGACUUAUCUUAUUUAGAAAAUAUUUAAUAGAUAGUGGCAGUUGCUUAUUCUAUUACUUAUCUAUUUGAUAAACCUCUUCUAUAAAUUGAUAAAAUUAAUAAGCUUGCAAUUAAAAGUGAAGAUCAAACAUUAGAUCAUGUUCUGUUUAUGGAUGUGCUAUCUUAUUUCAUAUCUGGUGAACUUUCAUAGAGUUACCAAAUAGCUGAGUAUGAUCACUUGAAUAAAAAUAGUAUUUGGAUGCAAUAAAAUAUAGAUAAAGUUGAACUCUCUCUUUUCUAAAAUCUAAGCCUCAAAUUAACAAAUAACUACUUACCAAAUAUUUUGAAGUUCUUAAAAGAAAAUCAUCAAUACGAUAUUUCCCUUUGUAUUUCUUAGUUCCUGAAUCAAACACCAGCUGUUUUAUAUUCAUAAGCAAUGUGCUUAUAUCAAACAUCUUAAUAUACGAAUGUUCUAAACCUUUUACACAAAAUUAUCUGCUAAAUACAUAUAAAUCCCAGUAUCCUCAAUGAUGGUCCUUGGACAGUUGAAAAAAAUAUUUUAGCAAUUCACUAAGAAUUAAAGGAUCUAAAUAUUAAAGAAGAUAUUAAAUUCAUCAGAUACUGUCUUUUGUAUUUUUUCAAAGAAACAUUUACUGAUUUAAGAUGCAAACAAGAGCUAGCUUAAAUGGGUUUACUUCUUUUUGACAAAUAUGAAGAGGAAGAUAUAUAUAGUAAUUGCAUAAAGAAUAGUUAAAAAAUACUAUGCAAAUUAGAAUUUUUGAGGGCUUGCUUCUAAUAUAGCUUGCAAACUUCAAAUCAUCAAUAAGCUUUUAAUUAUAUAAAAUAAAUCAACGAAGUUUGUAAAAGAAGUGGAAUUUACAAACAAAUAUUAGAUGAGUGUAUACAAAAGUUUGUUCAAAAUUUAUGCAAUAACGAGAAUAUAGGAUUAAUUUCACAAUUGAUUCAUGAAGAUGAUUUAGCAGAGCAAAUAGAAAAGGUUAUAAAUGAAGAAAAUAAGAGAUUGUUACAGAAGAUAAUUGAAAAUUAUUAACUAGAGAGUGACAAAUAUCUAGAUCUAGAUAAACAACUUUCAAAAGAAAACCUCUAUAAGUUUAAUUCUUCGAUGAACUUUUAUAUUUCAAUCAAAAAUUAUAAAUAAGCUGGAUUAUCACAAUGGUUCCUUUACAAUACUCUUUUGAUAAUUACAAAUAUGGAUGAUUAAGAUGACCCUAUGCCAAGAAUUUUAUAUGAAAAUAUUAUAAACCUUCAAAUUUUAGCACUUGCCUAAGCCUAGUUUCUUUUUGAAAUGGCUGGCUAUGAAUAAGACAUUGUUAUAUAUGAGAAUUAUAGAUAUUUAGAAAAAAAAUAAUAAUCUGGAUUGCUAAAUGCCUAAGAUGAAGAUAUGAACGAUUAUGAUGAGCCAAGAUAUGCUUUUAACUUCAGCAGCAUUUUUAAAAAAUCUAGCUAAAAUUAGUAUAUGUUUAUUAGCGUCUCUAUGAUUCAGAAGCUUAUCAUCGAACUAGAAUCCAAAUUAUUGAUUGAGUAAUGUAAUCAAUCAGAUUAAGCCCUCAGGGUUAAAGACCAAGAAUCUAUAAUUUAAUAUCUAAUUCAAUACAAAUGUUAUGGACAAUUGAUAACUUUUUUGCAUACAUUCAAUAAAGACUUUACAGAUAUUCUGAUAUAUUUUACAGAAAUGUUUUAUGAAUAAGACAAUGGAAGAUUACCUUAUGAAGAAGAUGAUAUUGAUUACUUUUAAUUGAUUAGAAAGAUAUUAAUUCUUAAUUAAAAUGAUAAUUAUAUGAAGUAUUCUGUAAUUGUCCUAAAAUCAUAUGGAUCUUGUAUUAAAGAUAAUUCUAUUGUUGGAGAAAAAAUGAAGAGUUUGGCAUACAAAUUUAAUUUACCAAAAAUGAGCAAUUUCCUUUUCUAAGCACUUUCUGAUUUUGGAGAAGAUAGAGUUUUAGCAGAAGAAAUAGCCUAAUAAGCAAAGAUAGAAUACUAAAAUGUUAACUACUUACAAGUAAAUAGACAAGUAAAUCAAAAAUAAUACAUACCUCUUCAAUUAAUUUCUAAAGUUUUAGACAACAAGAAUGCAUAAAAGGAGCAUCAACUUACAUUAAUGCAAAUUGCUUCUCUAUUUUAAGUAGAAUGA